AUGUCGCUCAGCUGGAUCCGGAUGUUUCUCGUCCUCCCCACUCUUGCAAUCUCGGCCGCAGCACUGCCACAUGAACGUCGAGAGGUCCCAGCCACUGCUGAGCCGAUUAUUACUCCUGUCGAGUGUCCUCACCAUAACCCUGAAGUCCAGGAUGGGUCAGUAUAUUCGGUAUUUCUACUUCAGUUGGCUAUUCAGAAUACUUAUUUGCCCACAAGGACUCUCGUCGCCCAGCUCUGGAGACAGAACUGUGACCUCGUGACAAAGUUUCUCAACAAUGCAUUCACUGCUGCCCAAGCGGCACAAACCUCCGAAGGGACUCUAGAGUCACUGCAAUACUAUUUCAUAGUCCGUAUUUAG